AUGGCUGCCGUCGUGGCAGAAGUACCUAUUGUUGCAGAUGGUGAAUUUGCUGUGGGGAUGAAAUUCGGUUCAAGGGAAGCUAUUAUUAGGGCGAUGAAAGAGUAUGCCAUCCGAAGAAGUGUAGACUAUCGGGUGUAUGAGUCAGAGCCGUUGACAUUUUAUGCCAAGUGUACACAGUAUGGGGAGGGGUGUGAUUGGCUUAUUAGGGUUAGCAUGAUCAGCAGAAAGUACUGUUGGGUUAUUAGGAGGUAUAAUGGUAGUCACACCUGUACCAGAGCCACCAUAUCUCAGGAUCAUUCGAAGCUGGAUUAUAACACAAUUACAGAAGCAAUAAAGCCGUUGGUUGAGGCUGACCCGUUGUUAAAGGUAAAAUCAGUUAUUGCAGAAGUGCAAUCCAAAUUAAAUUACACCAUCAGUUAUCGGAAAGCAUGGUUGGCUAAGCAAAAGUCAGUAGAAAAAAUAUUUGGAGGUUGGGAAGCAUCGUACGAAGCUUUGCCGAUAUGGUUUGAGGCCAUGUGUCAUAAGGAGCCAUCAGCUAUCGUCUAUUUUGAGACUAUGCCUGCAUACCAAGGCGAUGACUUGGUAAAUGAUAUCCGGGUAUUGCAUCGGGUCUUUUGGAGUAUUUACCCAUGCAUUAGAGCAUUCAGACAUUGUAAGCCAGUUGUCCAGGUGGAUGGGACCCACUUGUACGGAAAGUAUAAGGGUUGUUUGUUAGUGGCAGUGUCACAGGAUGGUAACAACAAUAUCGUCCCAAUUGCAUUUGCUAUUGUGGAGGGAGAGACAUCUGAUGCGUGGCACUUUUUUCUUAGUAACCUGCGACAACAUGUUGUGACUCGGGAUGGUGUGGGGUUGAUAUCCGACCAACACGAAUCCAUCAAUGCAGCUGUGGCUCGCAGUAACGGAGCAUGGUCACCUCCUAGAGCUUUCCAUAUGUUUUGCAUCAAGCAUAUAGAGUCGAACUUCUUGAGAAAAUUCAAGGCACCGUACCUGCAAAAACUUGUCGUCAAUAUAGGAUAUUCGAGGACGGUGCGCGAGUACGAAGUGCAUUACCAGCGGUUACGAGAACGGGGCGAGGCUUACACUAACUGGUUAAAUCGAAUCCCCCACGAGCAGUAUGCGUUAGCAUUUGAUGGUGGCUACCGAUGGGGUCACAUGACGACAAAUUUAGUAGAAUGUAUCAACUCAGUCUUGAUGGGUGCACGCAAUCUUCUCAUCACUGCACUUGUCAAAGCAACAUUCUACAGGUUUAAUGAGUUGUUCACCCGAAAAAGAUCCGAAGCGGAGGCUCGGAUUAAUGCUGGUCAUAUUUUUUCUGAGCUUGUGACCUCAAAAUUGCAUGCAAACCAACUUGCAUCAGGGAACAUCCAGGUUAAUUGCUUCGACAGGCAGAAUGAGGUCUUUGAAGUGCGUGAGAUGCCAAGUGGGUUAGAGUAUGCCGUUGACCUUCGCCGGCACUGA